ACAGUUGUGAUUUUGAUUUGAAAGCAGUAAAACGUAUGAAACCAUUUUUUUUUUUUUUCGUUGACUUGCUAUAGAAAGUGAAUAUUUAAAAUAAUAAUAAAUUAAAUUAUUUAAUAUAAAAUGAAUAUAUUUUAUUUGUGUCUGCUGCUUACCAUACCAGUUUUAAAUGUGGUGAAAUCUCAACGCAAUUUUUAUGAAAUCAAUAAAACCGUCAAUAUACGAGAAGUUAAACCUGUAAAUGAAAAGGUCUAUUUUCCCGGUAAAACGAAUGAAGAUGAAGUGAAUUUGAAAAGAAUAAAUAAUGGUAUAUCUAAUAGCUUUAGAAAUGAACCUCAUACAAAUCGUCUUAACAAUGAAGAUCGGCCAGUAAUACGUGAUACGAGUAUAGUAAUAAAUAUUAGAGAAGUAAUACCAGCAAGAAAAGCUUCCAGCACAAAUAGUAUUACAAAUUCUCUAAAUGACAAUAGUUCUCCAUCUCUGGUAAAAAGAGUUAUAGAUAGAAUAAGAAAUUCUAGUGAAGAAUCUGGUGAAAAGAGAGCUAUAACAUCGAGUUCUUCGAAUCGAAGAAAUCCCACAAGAACUUCUAGUGAAGAAAUCGAAAAAAAUGCUUUAGAAACAAUAGUGUCAGUGGCUUCUUCUUUAUUAAAUUUAAGAGUUUGUGAAAUAAAAUAUGCUGAGUACAUCCAACGCAUAUUUCCGCAAGAAGAUGACACAGCAAAAGAUGCUAACGAUGCUGAAUUCAAUGGUCGUGUUUUAGCCUCACCUGGGGAAUACCCACAUAUGACAGCCCUAGGUUUCCGUUCAAAAAAUGGUAAAGUUGAUUACAAAUGUGGUGGCAGUUUGAUAAGUGAAACUUUUGUUAUUACAGCAGCUCAUUGUGUCAAUUUUACGGGACAACAGCCAACCAAAGUACGCAUAGGAGAUUUAAAUUUAAUGAUCGAAGAAAGUUUUUUGGAACCACAAAUACGUAAUAUUAGAAAUAUCUUUGUUCAUCCGGAUUAUAGGACAGACUCUUAUUAUAACGAUAUUGCUCUUUUGGAAUUAACUGAAGAAGUCGAACUAACGGAAUUUGUUCGCCCCAUCCGGUUAUGGACACAGCCAACAAUUCCAUUUACUACAGCACAUGCCAUGGGUUACGGUGCCACUGAUUUUGCCCGACAGCGCACAAAUCGUCUUACAGAUUUAAAUAUGACAAUUAUAUCAAAUGCUGACUGCAAUCGGGAAAUGCCAAAGAUGCCAGAAACUAAUAGAGGCAUUAUAGCUAGCCAAAUAUGCGCUCGAGACUUCGAAUUGAAUCGCGACACCUGCCAAGGAGAUUCGGGUGGUCCUCUGCAAUUGAAUAUUAGAGGAAGAAGACGUACUAAUCGUUUACACUACCAACUAAUUGGCAUAACGUCAUAUGGUUUAUACUGUCGCAGUGGUUAUCCUAGUAUAUUUACAAGAGUGUAUUCAUAUUUGGAUUGGAUUGAGCACAUUGUUUGGAAAGAUUCCUUUAAAUAACUUAAUUAUGUUCUUAUAUAUGUUUUUAAUAUUAAAGUACAAACAAUAUUUAUCAACUACAUACAAUUUUAAUUUAAACAGAAA